UAAAUUUAAAAGCCAGUGUCGGGCUUGGCGCGGGGAGAGGCCGGUUAUGGAUGGGUAUUGGGCUGUGCUCGUUGUUGAGUAUCUGUGUGUCGCUGCUGUCACAUGUAAUGAUCCUUUGCACUCUGAGUCCUGGCUUCGAUCAGCGAGUUUGAACAGACAUAUUGCAAAGAAUGGAUUUCAUAGAGAGUUAAUAAUGGAUGUUGACCUUGGUGAAAAUGCUCAACAGAGCUGUUGUGUUAUGAUUAAGGAGCGGUUACCACCAGGACUUUACGUGGAUCCAUAUGAACUUGCUUCACUACGAGAGCAGAAGAGUGAAGAGAUAUUCGUUCAGAAUGAGAUCGAUAUUGAAGCUCCGGAAUAUUUGUCAGCAGCACAUUCAAUCAACAUCUAUCUGAAACCUGAUCCUAGAUAUAAUGGACAUUUUACUGGAGCAGUCCCACUACAUGUACGAUAUCAUCGGCCAACAGACACAAAGGAAGCCACUGCUUUGAUGACCCUUGCAGAUCCGCAUUUGAUGAUUCACUGUCAGGAAUAUAGUCCAUUAUUGGAAAGUUGGAAACUUGGUAUUACUAAAGCUCCCUGCUCAGCAAGUAAUCACAGUAUCUGUAGCUGGCUGAAUGUUAGCUAUCACAAUGUUGUGGAAACUGUUACGCUACAGGUUCCUGUUGGGCAGAAGAAGGAUGUAUUGGCUGUGGUCACUGCAACAUUGCUCACUACCAUUCUGUGCUGUGUCCUGCUUAUCAGAGCUAUGUGGAUACAUGGCAAGUUCGAACGCUAAUUUAAGAGUAAUGAAAGACCAGCCAAAGGGUCUCCAGAGGGAUCAAUUAACUGAACUUCCUAUAGUUCUUUACGGUUUGCUCUUCUGAGGCCAUUUUGAUAGCUGUUUGCGGGAUGAUGUUUGGUGUGGGACUUUUUGCUGCUUCACACUGUGUUACUAUGCUUAGAGCUGAAAUAACAACUCAUUUUUCGAAAGUGAAUAGGAUGGAAUGACUGGCUGUCCACAUCUGAAUUGCAUGAGCUCUCUUCCCAACUUCAGUUUCCUCAUUAGUAUGGAUUAAAUAAUGAUAUAAACUAUAACACUAAAUAGCAGGAGUAUACUUCUGAAUAACAAUAGUACCUCUGAGCCAGGAGGCCUAGGUCCACAUGCCACUGCUGUACAGGUGAGUUGUAACAUCUCUGAACAAGUUGAUCUGAAAACAUCCGUAUGUAUACUCCCUUAACAACAAAGCAAAAUACUGCAGAUGCUGGAGGUCUGAAAUAAAAAUAGUAAGUGCCAGAAAUAGUCAGCAGGACUGGGAGCGUCUGUGAAUGGAGAAACAGAGAUUUAACUCUAAAAUGAUACUUUUUAAAGUUAGCUCACACGAUAUGUGGGGAUGGACCAGCAUUUGCCAAGGUUAGAUGAUGACCUAGUGGUAUUAGCACUAGACAGUGAAUCCAGACACUCAGGUAAUGUUCUGGGGACCUGGGUUCGAAUCUGGCCACGGCAGAAGGUGGAAUUUGAAUUCAAUAAUAAUCUGGAAUUAGGAGUCUAAUGAUGAUCAUGAAACCAUUGCUGAUUGUUCAGAAAAACCCAUCUGGUUCACUAAUGUUCUGUGGGAAGGAAAUCUGCCACCCUUACCUGGUCCAGCCUACAUGUGACUUCAGAUCCAGAGCAAUGUGGUUGACUCUUAAUUGUCCUCUGGGCCAUUAGGGAUGGGCAAUAAAUGCUGUUCAGCAGCAAUGCCCACAUCCCAUGAAUGAAUUUUUUAAAAAAAAUUGUUGCCCAUCCCUAAUUUCUCUUGAGAAGGUGGCAUUAAGCUAUCUUCUUGAACUGCUGCUGUCCAUGUGGGCUCUAGGUAGAUCCAUAAUUCCCUUAAGGAGCAAGUUCUAAGAUUUUGACUCAGCGACAGUGAAAGAACAAUAUAUAUUUCCAUGUCACCGUGGUGUCUGGUUUGGAGGGGACCUUGUAGGUGGUGGUGUUCCCAUGUAUCAAAGUAUCCUUCUGAAUGGUAGUACUCAUGGGUUUGGAAGAUGCUGUCUAAGGAUUCUUGGGAAAUUUCUGCUGUGCAUCUGUUUCUGUAUUCAGCCAUGCUGCCUCUGAGCAUUGCUGGUGGAGGAAGUGCACAUUUGUGAAUAUAAUUCCAUUCAAAUAGGCUGCUUUGUCUUGAACGGGGUCAAGCUUCCUGAGUAUUGGAGCAGUGUUCCUUCAGGCAAGUGGGGAAUAUUCCAUUACAGUCCUGACUUGUGCCCCCGUGUAAUGGUGGAUAGGUUUUGGGGAGUCGGGAAGUGAGUUACUCACUGCAAGAUUCCUAGCCUUGGAAGCUGCUCUUCUUUGGAACUGAAGAGAGAUGGCAGAGUGAUGGGUAUUAUAUUAUAGAAUAUUGUAGAUGGGUGUUGUAUUACAUUCUACGGGUUGAAAAAGUGGAAUAAAGGAAAAAUAAGUGGAGGGUUAGAUAUUGAGUAAGGUCAGAGUUCAGGCUUGUUACAGAGCAAAAUGCAAGCAGUAUGGUAACGGUUGUAAAGAAGUUACAUGGAUCCAGAGUAGGUAUUAAUAGCAGGAUGCGGGGUAUCCAUGCUGAUAGCAAAACCAUGGAAAUAAGAAGCUAGGGUUGGGGUGCGGGGAAACCAAAAUGAAAGAUUGCAUUCGUGUUCAGAAGUUGUGAAACUUAACUUUGAGUUCAGAAGGCUGUAAAAUGCCUAAAUGUAAAAUGAGAUGUUGUUCCUCCAGCUUGUGUUGGACUUCACUGGAACACUGCAGCAAACGUGAGCUUAGGGCAGGAUGAUAUCUUGAAAUGGCGAGUGACUGGAAGGUCUGGGCCAUGCUUGAGGAUUGAAUGUAGGUAUUCCGUAAACAUGCUUUUGAUGUCCCCAAUGUAGAAGAGACUGCAUUGUGAGUUUGUGAGCAGCAAACACAAUAGAUUAGAUUAUUGCUGACCUUUCCAGGUUUUCUUUCAAUGUUCCGUGGUACUAUUAUACAGUUGUUUACGUCCAUUGGUGGGCAAGUUUUAAAUAUAUUGAAACAUUUCAGCACCUUUUUCCCAUUCAUUUUUACGCUUUUUCUCAACAUAUCUGACAGUCAGACAUGUCUUUGAGGCCGUAAGGGACUUAGGGUUCUGAGAAAAAUAGAGAAUGAUCCAGAGAUAGAGAGCAGAAUGAAAUCUAUGACUUUACUCUUUGUCAUAUCCGCCAAUUUCGUACUUCUACGGUUGAUGUGUAUUUUAUAUUUCUCUAAUUUUGGUUAUUCUUGGAUGACCAUGCUUUUUCUUUUCGAGCAAGUUGCAUUUUUGUUGUGGAGCCUAAGUUGCUGCACAAAUAUAUAUGUGCUGACAUAGAGAAAAAUUCAGAAACCAAUUAAAGAACGGCAUGAAAUAUCCACUUAUAAAAAUAAUUCAAUUGAUGAAUAAAUCCAAGUAACUGAGAGCCACCAUCAAGGCAUGACGGUGCCUCAGGGUGCCAGGGUGCUCGGUUCAAUUCCACCCUUAAGCUACUGUCUGUGUGGAGUUUGCACAUUUUCCCUGUGUCAGUGUGGAUUUCCUUCAAAUACUCUGGUUUCCUCCCACUGUCCAAAGAUGUGCAAGUUCGGUGGAUUGGCUGUGGUAAGUUGCCCACAGUAUACAGGGAUGUUCAGGCUAGGUGGAUUAGCCGUGAGAAAUGCAGUUACUUGGGGUGUGGGUCCAUUCAGAGGUUCAAUAUAAAAUAUGUAUUAACCAUAGAAGUAUGAAAUUGGCGGAUAUGAUGAAGAGUAGAGUCAUAGAUUUCUUUCUACUAUCUAUUCCUGAAGCCAAAAACAACCAUGACAUCUGGUGUCAUUUUGUACAUUUUUGCUUGUUUUUCUCUAAUUUCUGUCUUAGGAUCUGUGUGUUUUCCAGAAUGGAGAACAUUGACGACCAUUUGCUUGCAUUGAAGCAAGCGAUUAGUCUUGAACUUUCUGGUUCUGAUGGUCACAGUGUUGUUCAUCUCAACAGGUGUCUUGGUGCAGGGCUCGGAAAAAGAACUAGGAUCCCUUGUCUGUCAAUCAUAUGCCCUUGUGAAGGCCAUGCUGAAUGCCCUGCUUCCAGGGAUUCUGUGAUUCUAAGUGUUCCUAGGAGAAGAAAUGUUUGAAGACUUGGAUAGGAUCGAGGGAAAGUGUUGCAACUCCUGUGAAAGCAUGGGAAGGGUCAUGGGAGAGGGAUGAGGUGUUGAAGGUUAUUGAAGAGUGGGUCCAGGGAAACUGUCCUUUUGGGGUGCUGACAAGGCAGGGCAGGAAAUGAUAUGUUUGGUGGCAGCAUCAUGCUGGACGGUUGCUGAAAUGGUGGAGGAUAAUCCUUUGGAUAUGAAGAUUGGUGGAGUGAAAAGUUGAGGACAAGGGGAACCUUAUUGUAGUUCUGAGAUGGAGGGUGAAGGGUAAAGUGGAAGUGCAGAAAUAGGUGGGACAGGUUUGAGGUGAGAUAUCUAGUGUAGAUAAGAUCAUUGAGGGUGCUGGAAACACAACUUCCUGAUUUGGAUUUGGUACAAAUGCAUGUAUUUUAUAUACUUUUAAGGACUGAGUCUGUGUUUAAGUCUUAGCUCAUUGAUGCAAGUCCUCAAUUUGGGAUCAUAAUGGUGAUUGGUUAUAUGAUACCUUUGCAGAUAAUGUUGCACAGAUGUACAGUUUUGGUACCAUUUGAAUGUUAUCACUGUAAGGGCCUGUUGUCUAAUAAAUUAAUUGUUGAGCAUAGCUUAUGCUUCUCCACACAUAUUCAACACUUGGGAAUUACUUCUGAAGUACACCGAACUUUUUAUUAGCUGGCACCUAUAAGACCAGGAGUGUGCCGGUUGAUCAAAUAUUCUGGUUGAUCAAGAGAUCCAUGUAAUCAAUGUAAAACUAAAUAAUGCAGGGGGUAUACUUAUUACUGUAAUAUUUUAUCUAAAGCAUAAAUCAUUUAUAUAAUAACAGUUUCACCUUAAAUAAAACUUACUGGCAGAGAGCCUUCUCAUUUGCACCUUGAACUGACUGUACAGAGGUCGCAAUGAAGCAGUAAACUUGCCAUAUUUCAGUUAUAUAAUUUUUGCGGAUUUAUCAAGAUUGCCAAUUCAUAAGCUGCUGGUAAAAACACAGUUUAUUGUAUUGCAGAAGGGGUAAUCUAUGGCUUGCUUAGAUGGCUGCAUGUUUUCUUCGUACCGUCAUUUCACUAGCACUGAUGCCCUUGUCCAAAGCAUUAAUGUGGACUGAGGAAGCUGGUCAGACACAGAAUCUGCAAUAUUUCUGCAUAAGUGGAACAGAUGAAUUUUUGAAUUUACUCCUCUGUGUAAAAACAUAAUCACUCUUGACAUGAAAAGGGCUUAGGCUAUUUUCACCUUCCUCUUGAAACAUUUGUAAACAGGCUUUGUAGUAGUGUUGGAAAAUAUACUAGGAAAAUGGAGUGCUGUAGCAAUGUUUUUGAACAUUUUAUCCUUUUCCACCUGUGUCCUUGAUCCAAAGUCUUACAAAAAGGUUGCCAUGCUUUAAUAAAUCUUUUGACACACCAUCACAACUCUUCUGGGAUUUCCACCUCAGUUGGGAUUUGAUCCUCAUUGAUGAUUUUAUGUUAUAACCUUUACUGACACCCGGCUUCUACUCUACUACUUGUACAGUCUCAAUAUUAAAGUCCUCUGUAUAAACCAAGGUCAAAGUCUGUCAGGAUCUUGCUGUAUUCCGAGUUCUGUAUGGACGAUAUGUCUCCUAGAUAAUUGAGGUAAGUCUAGUUGUCCUGCCUCAGUGGGGUUCAGUACUCAAGUUUGCAAAGUGCUUUGUCAGCCAAACUGCCUGAAAGUUAUCAGCUGGAUCAAUUAUACCCAGACUUGGUAUUGGUAUAUUUCUCAAUCGGUUCAACAGCUUAUUAAUAGUAUUUUGUUUUUACCUUUGCACUAAGCUUCCUUAAAGCUUGUAAAUGCUGAAGCUUCCCCUUUUGCUGCAUCUCAUAUUUCCAAGAGUAUUACCUGUCUUUAAUUGUUAGCUGUACUUCUCUCUGAGUAAUUUGAAUUUCAACAAUCAUUCUAUCCACGUGGUCAUAUAUUUGAGUUCUUUCUUACUGUGCUUCUGUCACAUCUCUUGGAUAUAAAUCAAGAUCUGCCAAAUUCCCA